UGUGCGUCGUAGAAUAUUAUUAUGUUUUAGAAAACAUUGACAAGCUAACACUGUUUAAAUGGAAUACUUGCAUGCAGGUAUCUCAAUUUCAUUAGUCCAUGCAGUUGAUAAAUUGUAAUAUACACCUUUGACAACUGAUAAUCUUAACUUGAUUAACUAUGCAUAAUACCAGGCAAUGAUGAUUUAUGAUCAAAUAGUAUCUGUUGAGAAUAACUAAAGAGACGUGCGUAUAGUUAUUCAAUAUUUCCGUUUCCUAUGGAUGCUGAUUUGGAUUUUACUUUCUAAAUCUAAAAGCUUCAGUUAAAUAUCAGAUCUUAAUUGAACCAGAUUUAUUAUCAUACGAGAUUUUAAUGGCAAUAUACCACAUGAUACUCACUGUUGUAAACAUCAAGAGCCACUGGGAAAGUGUAUUGGUAAAUAAACAGUGAAACAUUGUCACACGUAAAGUAUAGGACUGUAAAUUCUCCAAUGUUGGUACUUUAAAACGUUACAGUACCGAUGUAGAAAUGUGAUUGAUGUAAAGUGAAAAUAAUUUUAAUGAAGAAUCAGAACUUUUAAAUUCGAUUUGUUUUGAUAGACGAGACUUAGAUAUAACAUAUAAAACAAAUGGAAGGAUACUUUUUGCACAUUGCUAACAAUCUUGAGAGAAUCCGCCUGACCGACAAUAAUGCCCGAAUGCCCAACACCUUAAGAGAAAAGAUAGUUCAAGAAUUUAAAUCAUGGGAAUUAUGGCGAGCUUUGCUGUCAGAAUUUAUUGCAACCUUUUUGUUUGUGUUUAUUGGGACAAUGUCGGCCGUCGGUAUUGUGCCAGUUGUGGACGAUUGGGCUAAAAUAGUCAGGAUAGCGUUUACCUUUGGCUUGAUGAUAGCUGUCUGUAUCCAAAUGUUUGGUCACGUGUCUGGAGGUCACAUGAAUCCGGCUGUUUCCUUAGCGAUGGCGGUUGCCAUGGAGAUAACACCUUCCCGUGCUGUCCUGUACAUAGUUGCUCAGUGUGUUGGCGGUAUUUUGGGCUCUCUGCUAUUAAAAGGGGUGACUCCAUCAGCGUUACACGGUAAUCUUGGCUUGACAUCGGUGAACAGCGAACUUACAGAGGGUCAAGGUUUUAUGUGCGAGUUUGUAUUUACCUUCAUCCUUGUAAUGUCAAUAUUUGGUACAACAGAUUCCAACAGAGCCCUACUUGGGAGCCCCGCCCUUGGUAUUGGGCUCACAGUGGGCGUUGUGCAUUUAGCAGCAAUUCCGUUUACUGGAGCAAGCAUGAACCCAGCUCGUUCACUGGCUUCGUCUGCGAUUUCGACUGCUGAUGAUUCAUUCGAUAAACACUGGGUAUACUGGGUAGGACCAUUACUUGGAGGAGUUAUAGCAGCCGUUGUUUACAAGUAUUUGUUUAGCCCAUACAGAGGAAAAAUGACUGUAGCCGAAGCCACAAACAAAAUGAUGGAAUCACAUGACAUGAUUGUUAUUCCACGAACUUACUUCAAGGACGACAAAAGCAUGAACACUGGCAAUGAUGAAAAGUCACUACAAGUUCACCUGUAAUACAUAAACCCUGCACAAGUGCAUUCGUGGCUGAGGGCACAACUCACUAAUAAUGUAUAUGUUGUUUAAAGUGCUUUUAGCAUCAUUUGUGUUGGAAAACAUAAUUGAGCCGCACCAUGAGAAAACCAACAUAGUGCGUUUGCGACCAACAUCCACGCAGUCUGGUCAGGAUCCAUGCUGUUCGCUAAAGGUCUCUCUAAUUGCAAUAGGCUUUGAAAGCGAACAGCAUGGAUCCUGACCAGACUGCGCGGAUGCGCAGGCUGGUCUUGAUCUAUGCUGGUCGCAAACGUACUAUGUUGGUUUCUCAUGACGCGGCUUAUAUGUAGACGUUUUGCAUAUUUGUGCCUUUCGUCAAUCUAUAAAUAACCUUGCACUGUAAUAAUUCGCAAACGUAAAAGAAAAUAUACUCGGUAGCUUUUUAUCAGAAAAAGCCUGUAGAUAGCAUGUUAAAACAAAGUAAGCGCGUGUGUAUCUAUACACCUCGAUGUCCUGCAAUUCCUAUACUACUGAUGUAUCUACAAAGCUAUAUUUUUUCUCAGUAUCAGAUUUUUGGGGUUAUUAUUAGACGUUUUCCUUUUUCACUUUAAAGAAAAAAACAUAUUAUUUUACGUCGACAAAAGAAAAUAUUACUCUAGUUAAAGUACUUAACCUUGUACCGGACUGAUUGUAUUAUAUGUUUACAUUGUUAUUUUAUCCCCAUAUUGUAGUUUAAAUACAUGGGUAAAGAAAAUGUUGUUGUUGUUGUAAAAUAUCGAUAUAUCGAUACAUUUGUAUAAAAUGAGUAAAGUUAUAUACAUAUGUUGCUUUGUCUAUUUUUCUAUUGUAUUCAAAUUUGGUCACACAAACAUUCACACUACGGGGAAUCACAUGAUCAAAAUAAUCUCUAAACCAAAAUAAAUAUAUGAAUAAUAUGGGAUAAUUAUGAUACAGCUUUUGCUGUAAAUCUAAAAUACAGCCUAUCAUAUGGCAACACAUAUGUAUCAUAACACUACAUAUAUUUCAAUCACAAUCACCUUCUGACUAUCUGGACCACUUCAAGAAACUGAUACUUCUUAUUUUCCUUAGUGUUUGUAAUUACAGGAUAUCUAUCAUUAUUGUCAACAACAUGAUAAUUUAACAAUUUUCAUUAGUCAUAUGACAGGCUAUGUUUAAAUUUCGUAUCUCAUCAUGAUAAGAAAUUUAUUCAUUUUCUUCAAAAUGUAACUUUGGUUUGAGAUUAUUUGGAUCAUGUGAUUCCCCACAGUGAUUCACAUCAUUUCCUACUCGGCAGGUGUUAUCAUACGAACGUGUGUUUAUAUCAUCAAUAUGCUAAUGACCGGAUCCAUUAAAUUUGUAUUGUUUACCGCUAAAUAAAGCAAAUGACUGAAUUCUAACAAGAUUGGUUUAUUUCAUUUGCAUAACAUUGAUAACGAAACGUUUUAAGCUCAGGGGCGAUGUAGAGUCACGAUAGAUGUUUUGCUAAAUUGUUUGUUUAUUGAGUAUUCAUGUACUUUAGUCCAUGAUUUCGAGGUCAGCGAUGUUAUUUUUUUUUUGUACUUUUAAGAAUGAAAGGUCCGUUAUUUAGGUAGAGUUAUUCAGUACGACAGAGAUUCUUACCUAAAUAAGGCAAGGCAAAUCAUGCUGAUUUCCCUAAUCAGCAGACAAGAAUAUAAAUAAUUAAUAGACUAGUGUAGUUUGCAGUACUUUCUCUUUAAAACUCUUGUUUUUCGCAUAAUAUUUAUUUUUUUAUUUCGUUAAAUAGAUUAAAAAAUGAAGCUUCACUCAUUUGAUAGUAUCUACGUCAUUAUCUUGUGAUAUUUUGGAUUGGUGAUAUAGAUUUAGAAGUUUACCAUGGUGAUUUGUUAAACGUUUCGAAUUCUCGUAUAAUGACUUGUACACAUUUUAUUUCUUCCAGUUGUUUUAACUAUUAAGAAUGGUGGCUUUAUCUUAAACAUAUAUUAGAUAUAAGUAUUAGAUAUAAUUAGUUGCUUUAAUAACUUUUACUUUAAAGGCUUUUUUCUCCUUUUUACGCUUUCCAGUAGCCUUUAUUACAUAGCUAUAAAAAUAGUCCCGUAUUUUGUCUCAACGGCUUUUAUUUAAGAAAUAAUAAGUUCCCAAACGUGGUUUAUCGUAGAAAACCCGAGUUUUGAGUUCUGAGUGAUAUAUUGUUUCGCAUAAGAACGAAAAACUCGGGUUAUUCUAUGAUAAAUCACACUUGGGAACUUAUUAUUUCGAUUCUAACACGACAUACUAGUAUCAACAGUGUUAGAAAAAAAUAGUAACUACUUUUUACGACCGCGCUACGCACCUGGAUCGGAUGAUGUCAUUGCACGCGAGUGGUAUAUUGCAGAAUAACCCGAGAUAGAUUUUGCUCUACAUGUAUGUAGGUUAUUUGCUGGUCGUGUUAGAAUUAUAAUUAAGUUCUGCGUAUAGUGUUAGGGAGCGAGACGAGUAUUUUGCAAUUAGCUCAGUCUCAUCGAGGUUGCUGUUAUUGUAGUGUCUGGUCGUAUUGUACGUUCUUACAUAUUUUCUUUUCAUGUCUAGUAUGUUGGUGUUAGUGAACAUUACACUAUGAUGACUAAUGAUUUUUGUUUUUAUAUCAUAUGUUAUAUGAAAUGAUAUAUUUGUUGCUUUUCCCUACUGGUUGAAAACCGUAUUAGAACUACUAGUCUGCUGUAGCUUUGUCGUGUGUCCGUUUGCUCAUCAGUUUUCAAAUAUAUAUGAAAAGAUAAUAUGUGCCUAAGAUCAAAGCACCGCGUGGCUUAAAUGCCAGUGACGUAACAGAAAAUCAAAGAAAUUUUGAUGAUUUUUGUGCCUGGUUUAUACCUGAUUUUAUGGUAUAGAAAACGUGUCUGACUCCAACUGCUAGUUGUGUGUCACAAAUGAAAUUCAAAAGUAUUAGAAUCAAAAUGUAUUUUAUGUUGUUUUUUUUUCGUAUAACUUGCUUUCUUUUCACGACACAAAUUAGUUUACUAUUAUAGAUCUAUUUUUUUUUCGUAAUCACCGUGUCCAGCGUAUACGUUGCAUUUACGGCGAGUACGCUACAUACAUGGUAUAUUGUACGCUCCAUUACCGGCAUUUCCUGUUGAUUUUGUCAACAUCCUAUGUGGUGCGGUAAGAAAAACUACUCAUUUUCAUCGAAAUUCAACAUAUUCAAAGAAGCGAUAUAUUCAGUACGAGCUGCAGAUCAUUCAACCUCCCCAUGGUAAUGUGAUUUUGGUCAGUCAUUCUCUAGUUUCAUCAAACAUUCGAGUAAACUGACGUGUGAAGUCGGUUUCGAACUCGGACGUUCACUUCCAGGUUCAUUUUCUGUCUCUUAAAAUCAUUCUGUUGAUUUUUCAUCUGUUUAACGCAAGAACAGUAUAACAAGUUACAAAUAAAAAUAUAUAUCAUGGCGUAAAUUCAUGUUUUAGGGGAGCUUUAUGCCAAAAUUAGUGAUGUACGCCCCAUAAAACAACACGUCUACAGAAGUACGCCACAUAAAAAGGCCGUUAUAUUUAUAGCAACUGAUUACGUAUGUCUUCACUUGCAUCUAUUCUUUCAUUUUAAUUACACUUUUUAACAAUUAUAAACGGUUUUGGAAUUGCAUAAUGUAAUAACAGUAAUAUUGAUUAUUCGAAAGAUAAAAUAAACAUGCUUGUUUUGUAUAAACAAUCCGGUAUAGAAUUGCCCAUUAAAGUUUUUACUUGGGAAUCAUGAACAUUCCAUAAAUUUUCGUAAAGUAAUCUUCGGUGUCGGAACCUAAAACGAAUUAAAAACUGAAAAUGUAUUUCACAAGUAACAUAAUGUCGUAUUUUCAGGUAGAGUGCGGACAAAACGAAUACUGCUAGUGUGAACAUGGCCUGUAACUUCACAUCAUGCCCCGCGUCUGGGGUAGGUUGUGACAGUAUGCGGGGUACACUGUGCGGGGUACACCCUUACCUUUCAGUAUGGUAUAGCAGUAUGAAAGUACAUGGCAUUUAACCUUAGUGAAAUGCUGAAUUUCAUAAUAUAUCUUAUGUUGAUAUAUCUACAUGAUAACGAACUGUCAGAACACAAAUGUGUAAUACGUCAAAAAUUACUUAUAGCGGUCAAAACCGGUAUUUCAAACACAGUUUCGUUGUCCUUUUGUUAACAAUGCUUGUGCUUUCCAAGAAGAGUAUUUGAAAAAAUGGCGUUUUUAAGAUUUUUGCAAAUGACGACUAAGCUCUUCAAUAAAUAUUAUAAGUCACGUGUGACACAACCAACCCGUGGUUCAACAGCGUUCUCCCCUACUUAUCUGAUCAAACUAAUAAUCAUCAUUUCUUGUUCAUUUCCUGAAUGUAAAACAUUUGUUUCCAAGAUAACAGUGGAAGAAAUUGUCGAUUUUUCUUUUAAAGUAUCUAAGAAGAAAGAAAGACAUAUUUCCUGUUGUAAGUGAUUCCAGAAAGUAAAAAUGAGCCUCGCUAUGAGAAAACCAACAUAUUGGCUUUCAGCAUGGAUUCAGAACAGCUUGCAUAUCCGCGCAGUCUGGUCAGAAUCCAUGCUGUUCGCUUUCAAAGCCUAUUGCAAUUAGAGAAACCAUAAGCGAAUAGCAUGGAUCCUGACCAGAAUGCGCGCAUGCGCAGGCUGUCUGUAUGUCGCAAAGCCACUGCAUGUUUGUUUUCUGAUGUUGCGGCUCAAAUCUACAAAUGAAAAUUAAAAUUCGUAAAAUAUGUUACAUGCACGUGAAAUAAUAUAAGAAUAAAAUCAAUGCCAAUAGCAUUGCGUAACCACUACGCCAUCGUGUAAUGAGUUUUCUACAUAUGUAAUUAUUUUCAGGAUACGAUUCUUUCGUAAGCUAACGUAAACGCCCGAAAAUAUUGGCGAAGAUUAAUGAGUGCCAGGUAAAUGCUUAUGGACAACUGACUGAAUAUUAUUAUACAUGAUAUCUAAUAGUGAAUGUAACUCUACAAACACAGCUAUUUCAUAUAUUUAGUCAAGUUUAUUUGAUAACAUUCGGCAUUAAAAUUAAUAUUUUAAAGAGACUUUUUUGCUAGGAAUUUAUCAUAGUACGCAGAGGUGGGGUUUAGUUAUCCUCCCCGGAAAUUCCUUACAAUAAUGAUAGUAACUGUUGCAUUUUAGAUAAAGAUAACGGCCUUUUUAUGUGGCGUACUUCUGUAGACGCGCCGUUUUAUAGGGCGUACAUCGCUAAUUUUGGCAUAAAGCUCCCUUUAAACAUGAAUUUACGCCAUGAUAUAUAUUUCAAAUUGUAGCUUGUGAUACUAUUCUCGCGGUAAACCAAUGAAAAGUCAACAGAAUGAUUUUAAGAGACAGAAAAUGAACCCGAAAGUGAACAUCCGAGUUCAAAACCGACUUCACACGUCGGUUUACUCGAAUGUUUGAAGAAACUAGAGAAUUACUGACCAAAAUCACAUUACCAUGGGGAGCUUGAAUGAUCUGCAGCUCGUACUGAAUAUAUCGCUUCUUUGAACAUGGGCGUAGGAGCGAGUUUAACUUUGGGGGGGCCAAACCUUUUUGACCGGCGGGUGGGGGUGGGGGGGUGGGCGGCAAGGUAUCCCCGGUACAUUAUUCAUGACAAGGCCUCAAAGCCUUGUACAGGGGCCAAAUGGGCCAUAGGCUCCCUCAAGCCUCUAUGUUUAAGCAAUCAUUGAGUUAUUCUGAUGAUAUACAUACGCCUAGGCACUGAACUGUCUUAAUCAGUCAUAUUAUCUAUUGCUCUAAUUAAGUGUGCCAUUUUUUUACAUUCUUCUGUUGAAGCCCUGGACAUACAAUCAAUUAGCGCAUUUGUCUAAUUGUGAUAUAAAGUUGUGGAAAUAUCAUUUCCCUUGAAUGGACAAUGAAAACCAAAAAAUUACAUAACGUUUACAUGGGUAAACAGGCUUAAUAGUUAGGCCUACAUAGAUUUUGCAGACGUUCAGUACUCACACUACGGAAAAAGACAAAUCAGAAUACAUACAACAAGGGAAGGCCAAAUGCAAAUCAGAAACCGGGUUGAAAAGAAUUAUAUGAUGCUAAGUAAAUGUUAUAUUAGACUACAAGUUAUAUCUCUUUUCCAAAAUAUUGGGGGGGGGGGGGGGGCAAACUAUAGUUUGCCCCCCCCCCUCUCCUAGCUUUGGGGGGGGGGGGCCUGGCAUACAUAAACAAAGUAAAACAUAUAGACAUCAACAACAAUAACAAAUACUUUUAUCGUACAUCAUCAUUCACAUGGCUUUGGCAACGAACAUUACAAACAAAAUAAACAUUUGUCAUAGACAACGUGGUCACAUACUCCUAAGCAUUAUGUAUUUAAUAUAAGCAUUUAUAUGUAUAAAUAGGCAUCAUGAUCUUUAAAAAAAAGGUUUACUAUACAAUUUAAUGUUAAACAGAAUCAAGUUUUAUUCUAAUAACCUAUGCAAAUUUACAUGUUUACAUAUAUAUAACUAUAUACUAGAACAUUCAGGAUGUAUGGAUAUCAAACAUGUUCGAAACGAAAUGACAUGUGAACAUGCAUAUAAUAGCAAUAUUUCUUGCUGUUGUCUAUCUUGUGCGAAAGUAAAAUACAAGAUAGACGCGCAGAUAUAUACCUGUCAUAACUAGAACGUUGUGAACGUAUUACCAGAACAGAAGAACAUAAGAUUUAUUACUUAUUCAUAUGUAUUAUUUCUAAGCUUAUAUGCAGCUUUCAAAGUUUUUCCAAACUUGACAAUGAUUCUCUGAUCAAGGACAAACAAAUGAAAGAACACAGUCUGGUCUGACUGAGAACGGUCAGUGGCAGAACAUCAAUAGCGAAUUAGAAUCGAUUACUGAUGCGCAUCUAGCCUCACCCUUACCCCUAGCACUUUUUAAAGCUGCAAUGCAGUGUAAAAAGUUUAUGCCCGCCAACUGAAUCCCUCAAAUACAAUCUGUAAAACAGAGAAAUGAAUCGAUACAAUUAUAAAAAUGCAAAACUGAACCAUAUACGCAUGCACUCAGUGCCUAUGUAGAAUGCUUUGCAAAAGAAAAACGUAUGAGAGGCCCGAAGAAACAAUGCAGAAGACAAAUAUCCAAAGAUUUCAGUCCCAUUGAACUUUGAAAAAUGCCAGUUACGGGAUCAUAUGACACAAUCAAAAAGGAAAGUGUAGCGUUCGAUUGUAAAAGGGCUUAUCACCAUACAUUUUACAGUAGCAUUUGUUACUUCCUUUUCUUGCCUUAGUCAUAUUAAUGUUAUACAUGUAUCAGAACUUCUAUGGCUUGCUGCAUAAACAGAAUUUUAAAAAAUCAGAAUAAAUAAACAGUGUCACGUACAGGACAAAGACACAGUAUCAUUACAUAACUUGAAACUUCUCUGCGAUGUGGUCUUUUCUUCUUUUUCAUAUUUGUGUUGUGUUUACUUGUAAAACGAUCAAUGCGAGCUAAUGCUCUUAAUGAAAUUUAUUGAUGUAAUGUUUUAAAGGAAAAAUAUACAUAAUACUGAGCCGCACCGUGAGAAAACCAACAUAGUUCAUUUGCGACUAGCAUGGAUCCAGACCAACCUGCACAUCCACGCAGUCUGGCCAGGAUGCUGUUCGCUUUCAAACCCUAUUGCAAUUAUAGAAACCGUUACCUGACCAGACUGGACGGAUGCGCAGGUUAGACUGGAUCCAUGCUGGUCGCAAACGCCACUAUGUCGGUUUUCUCACGGUACGGCUCAUAUGUCGUUGAAUGUUUUGCGUUAUGUUCAUACAAUGAAAAAGUGAUCUGAAGAGAAAACACUUCUUAAGAACAUAUUACAAAUUGUGUAAAGGUAUGAUAUAUGAUUUCUAAAAGUAUAACUCAUUGUUAUGCAGAGAAUAUUAUUCCAGUCUUGACUGUAAAGCAUGUUGUUAAUUCACUUGCAUAUAUACAUAGCAACAAUAUAGUGUAUAAAUUCUUGAUAUAGAAUAUUAAUUCUUGUUAAGAAGUAAAACUUAUUAAACAA